AUUGCGACCGGUGUUAUUAUAUUUGGCGGGCUGGCGUCGUUAUUUUUCCAAGUCGGAUUCAACAGUUUUUUCACAUUUCAAAACGAAUUUCGAUCAUAGAAUGGGCGAUAAAGGUGACGUAGAAACCUUUGAUGAUGCAGUGGAGGAAAGGGUCAUCAAUGAGGAGUAUAAAAUAUGGAAGAAGAAUACACCAUUCUUAUAUGAUUUGGUUAUGACACAUGCUUUGGAGUGGCCCUCGCUAACUGCUCAAUGGUUGCCUGAUGUUACUAAGCCAGAGGGUAAGGACCAUUCAAUACACAGGUUAAUUCUGGGAACGCACACAUCUGAUGAGCAGAACCAUUUACUUAUUGCUAGUGUUCAGUUGCCAAAUGAAGAUGCUCAAUUUGAUGCUUCCCAUUAUGAUAAUGAGAAGGGUGAAUUUGGAGGCUUUGGUUCUGUUUCUGGUAAGAUUGAGAUUGAAAUAAAAAUCAAUCAUGAGGGUGAAGUUAACAGGGCCAGGUACAUGCCCCAAAAUCCAUGUGUGAUUGCCACCAAAACCCCAUCAAGUGAUGUACUAGUAUUUGAUUAUACAAAGCAUCCGAGCAAGCCAGAUCCAAAUGGUGAAUGUCAUCCAGAUUUGCGUCUUCGCGGCCACCAGAAGGAGGGCUACGGUCUAUCCUGGAAUCCAAAUCUUAAUGGAUACUUGCUAUCUGCUAGUGAUGACCACACAAUAUGCCUUUGGGAUAUCAACGCUACGCCAAAAGAGAAUAGAGUGAUUGAAGCAAAAACUAUAUUCACUGGUCACACAGCCGUCGUAGAAGACGUAGCUUGGCAUUUGCUGCAUGAGAGUUUAUUCGGAUCCGUAGCUGACGACCAAAAAUUAAUGAUCUGGGAUACCAGAUGCAACAACACCAGCAAACCGUCACAUACGGUCGACGCUCAUACAGCCGAAGUGAAUUGCUUAAGCUUCAACCCGUAUUCUGAAUUUAUUUUGGCUACAGGCAGUGCUGACAAGACUGUUGCUUUGUGGGACUUGAGGAAUUUGAAGCUGAAACUGCAUAGCUUCGAGUCACACAAAGACGAAAUUUUCCAAGUACAGUGGUCUCCGCAUAAUGAAACGAUUCUAGCUUCUUCCGGUACCGAUAGAAGGUUGCACGUUUGGGAUUUAAGUAAAAUCGGGGAAGAACAAACGCCCGAUGACAACGAAGAUGGUCCUCCAGAGUUACUUUUCAUACAUGGUGGUCACACCGCCAAGAUUUCUGAUUUUAGUUGGAAUCCAAAUGAACCGUGGGUCAUUUGUUCUGUCUCUGAAGAUAAUAUUAUGCAGGUGUGGCAAAUGGCUGAAAAUGUUUAUAAUGAUGAUGACGGUGAUAUGGCUAUUUCGGAUGCUGAAACCCCAGCUAAUAAUUAGGUACAAAUGUGUUUCUUUUAACUCGUUCUUCUUUCUGUUAUACGCGGGUCUAAUCAUUUACAUACUAUUUUUUUUAAAUUGUAAUUAUCUAUUACUUAGAUGAUGACCAAUAAUGGAAAUUUAUUUAAAGUAAAAAAAAAGUAUAAUAAAAAAUCAUGUAGUAA